AUCCCAUAUGAAAAAUGAUAUAAAAACCCAAUAAAGGCCUUUAUCUUUUACACUUCCCAAUAAAGUUUCUCAAAGAGAAACAAACAAAUAUUAAUUUUGAUGAAGACAUUCAAGUCCACAACUAGUUCUCUUCUUUUAUUGGUGACGCUCAUUUUUUCAACCAUUAUCUCUCAAAUCAAUGGAGGAGGUAGCAAGACACAAAGUGAAGCUCUUAGUCAAUUUUAUAAGUUGAAGAAAAAUUCCAACAUUGACAAAAGUCAUUUUGAUGAUAAACAAUAUCUUCAUACUGCAUCUAAUAAAAAAAUUGUGCUUUCUAAUCAAGAAGGUUUGAAAGAGAAUGAUAAGAUCCAUAAACUUCCUGGCCAACCUUCAGUAAGAUUUGAGCAGUAUGGUGGAUAUGUUACAAUUGAUGAAUUUGCUGGGAGAGCUUUUUAUUAUUACUUUGUUGAAGCUCAACAUUCUAAGGAGUAUUUGCCUCUUCUUCUAUGGCUUAAUGGAGGUCCAGGGUGUUCUUCGCUGGCAUAUGGAGCCUUUCAAGAACUUGGACCAUUUAGAGUAAAUAGUGAUGGAAAAACACUUCACAAAAAUAAUUUCUCAUGGAACCAUGCUGCCAAUGUGUUGUUCGUGGAGUCUCCAGCUGGAGUAGGAUUUUCCUACUCUAAUACAUCCACUGAUGUUACGAUUGGAGGAGAUAGAAAAACAGCUAAUGAUAAUUAUCGAUUUUUAAUAAAUUGGCUCGAAAGAUUUCCAGAAUAUAAAGAUAGAGAUUUUUAUAUAGCUGGAGAGAGUUAUGCGGGACAUUAUGUACCUCAAUUGGCACAUACAAUUAUAUAUCACAACAAGAAGGCCAACAAAAAUAUCAUUAAUCUUAAAGGAAUCUUGAUUGGUAAUGCAGUGAUUAAUGACGAGACGGAUACAAGAGGAAUGUACGAAUAUUUUGCAAGUCAUGCCUUAAUUUCUGAUGAAGUUGAAGCUGAAAUUCAGAAGCAAUGCAAGUUCACAGUCCCAGAAAGUGAAGAAUCAGAUGAGUGCAAAAUGGCUGGACGUAUAGCAGAUUAUGAUACUCAUGGCCACAUUGAUAUCUAUGCCAUAUAUGCCCCACUCUGCCACAAUUUCAAUCUCACUUCAAAGCCCAAAAAACCUUCUAUAGUGAUCGAUCCAUGUAGUGAUUAUUACACAAUUGCCUAUAUGAAUAGGCCUGAUGUUCAGAAGGCUCUUCAUGCCAAUGUGACCAACAUUAAAUAUUCUACUUGGCAACCAUGCAGUGACGUCCUAACAAAUUGGACAGACAGCCCAUCAACGGUUAUUCCUCUUCUCAAAGAGUUUAUGGCAAAUGAUAUUCGAGUGUGGAUAUUCAGCGGUGACACUGAUGGAAGGGUUCCUGUUACCUCAACAAAGAAAUCUAUUAAAAUAAUGAAUCUUCCUAUCAAAACUCCGUGGCAUCCCUGGUUCCUAAAUGGAGAGAUGGGUGGAUUUACACAAGUAUAUAAAGGAGGUAUGACAUUUGCUACAGUGAGAGGGGCAGGACAUCAAGUUCCAAGCUAUGAGCCAGCUAGAGCUCUUUCACUUAUUAUGCAUUUUCUUGAUGGAACUGACCUCCCUGAUUUUAAGUGACAUAAUUUUAUUAAUAGGACUAGUAAUUUUAUAGUCAAUUAUUAAUUCCCCUUAAGAUUCUUAUUAGUAAUUCUAAAUGGCAUAAUGCAUUAUGGAUUAAUUACGUGUAAACGAAAUGUGACAUUCUUUCUGAUCUCUCUU